CUCCCCGUUUUUCACUCCCCCUCCCCCCCCUCUCUCUCUCUCUUCGUCACUUUCUCUCUCUAGAAAACCCUCGCUGAGAGUGUCGCUAGUGGCUCCUAUCUCCCAUUCUCCAUCUCUUCCUUCUUCUUCUCCCUCCUCCUCUUCGCCUUCCACUUCGUUUUGGUGCUUUUCGAGCCCUAGAAAUCGGAAACCCUAAGGCUGCGUCGGCUUCCCUCUUCCCGGCAUCGCGGAUUUUCCGAGCUUCCCCUUUGCGGGAAACCCUAGAACAGAGGGCCAUGGGGCUCGGCAGCCGUCGAUUGGAGGCCUGAGCGAGGCAUUUUGCUAGGCGGUGUGGCGUGGUGGCGGGGGAGGCCUUCUUUGCUGGUGGCGGAGUGUUCUUGCUGUGGUUCUUUUUGGAGCUCGCUAGGGUUUAGAGCGAGCUUGGUGCUUGCGGGGGUGGGGUUGGUGAAGCGUUGAAGAGAAGGGACCUGCUUGGUUGCGCGUUUAGUGCUCAUUGGGGGCUGUGGUUCGAGCAUUGGAGUCUUGCUUUGACUGUGUGAAUCUGUAUUGGGGCAUGGGUUGUGGGGUUGGGGCUCUGGAGGCUUUGUAGGAUGGCUGGGGGCGAGCAUAGCGUCGUGGUCGCUUGCGCCGUCAGUGGGUCGCUGUUUGCGUUCCUUACCUCGUUUUCUGUUGCCAUCCUUUGGGCCGUGAAUUGGAGGCCAUGGCGAAUAUACAGCUGGGUUUUUGCUAGAAAAUGGCCUGAAGUGCUGUAUGGUCCUCAAUUGAGUGCCUUGUGUGGAAUUUUGUCACUUUCUGCAUGGACAAUUGUGGUUUCACCUGUUUUAGUGCUGGUUGCUUGGGGAAUCUGGUUGGUUGCAAUUUUGGAUCGGCACGUAAUUGGGCUGGCAGUUAUCAUGGCUGGAACUUCUCUAUUGCUUUCGUUGUAUGCCAUCAUGCUUUGGUGGAGAACUCAAUGGCAAAGUUCAAGGGCAGUAGCUAUUCUUCUUCUCCUGGCUGUAGCUCUUCUCUGUGCAUACGAAUUUUGUGCUGUAUAUGUGACUGCAGGGUCUAGUGCCUCCAAAAGAUAUUCACCAUCUGGCUUCUUUUUUGGUGUGUCAGCAAUAGCUCUAGCAAUUAACAUGCUUUUUAUUUGCAGAAUGGUCUUUAAUGGAAAUGGCUUGGAUGUGGAUGAAUAUGUUCGGCGAUCUUAUAAGUUUGCUUACUCUGAUGGUAUUGAAGUAGGGCCAGUGGCUUGUUUGCCUGAACCGCCUGACCUGAAUGAGUUAUUUUUGCAAAAAACGAAUAGGGCUUCUUAUCUCGGGCUGCUGUAUGCUGGAUCACUUAUUGUACUUUUUGUGUAUUCUAUCUUGUAUGGUUGGACAGCUAAAGAAGCCCGCUGGCUUGGGGCUGUCACUUCUGCUGCUGUUGUUGUGUUGGACUACAACAUGGGUACAUGGUUGUUUGGAUUUGAGCUUCUCAAAAGCAGAGUUACGGCUCUUUUUGUUGCAGGGACCUCAAGGGUUUUCCUUAUCUGCUUUGGAGUGCAUUACUGGUAUUUAGGGCAUUGCAUCAGCUAUGCUGUUGUAGCAUCUGUACUAUUAGGUGCUGCAGUUUCUCGUCAUUUAUCUAUGAUGAAUCCGUUGGCUGCAAGGAGAGAUGCUCUAGAGAGUACUGUCAUUCGCCUUAGGGAGGGCUUCCGGAGAAAAGGUUUAAACAGCUCAUCUAGCUCUUCAGAGGGUUGUGGAUCAAGUGCAAAACGUAGUAGCAGUGUUGAAGUUGGGCAACUUGUCAAUGCUGGUGAGCCCAUCCCUAGAAGCACUAUGAAUUCUGCUGGUGAUGGUGUUUGUUGGAACAACAAUGCACUUGGUGGCGGAAAUUUGCAUGAAGGAGUAUGCAGUGACAAAAGUAUUGAUAGUGGAAGGCCAAGUUUCAUGUUGCAUAGUGGCUCUUGCAAAUCAGUUGUUCAGGAGUGUGAAAUGGGUACCGUCAAUAAUGAUAGGAGUUGUAAUCAAAAUAACCCUUUGAUGGGUUGUCCUAGCAGUGGCAUAGAAAGUCAAGGUUGCGAUUCAAGCACAUCUGCUGCAACUUCAGCCAAUCAGCAAGUCUUGGAUGCAAAUUUGGCUUUGUUUUUCCAGGAAAGGUUAAAUGAUCCAAGGGUCACCUCAAUGUUAAAAAAGAGAGCAAGAGAAGGUGACCAUGAAUUAGCCAAUCUAUUGCAAGAUAAAGGGUUAGAUCCAAAUUUUGCUGUAAUGUUGAAGGAAAAGGGAUUGGACCCAACUAUUCUUGCUUUGUUACAGAGAAGUAGUCUUGAUGCAGAUAGGGAUCACAGAGACAACACGGAAGAUCCUAUUGUGGAGUCUAGUUCUUUGGGCGAUCCUAUUGCAAAUCCAAUUUCAUUGUCUGAGGAGCUGAGACAGCGGGGUUUAGGAAGAUGGCUUGAAAUAUGUAGAUUUAUUUUGCGACAAGUAGCAGGCACACCAUUGCGUGCCUGGGUUGUAUUCAGUUUCAUAUUCAUCCUAGAAACUGUCGUAGUGGCUAAAUUUCGCCCAAAAACUGUCAAGGUCAUUAAUGCUGUUCAUGAACAGUUUGAGUUUGGGUUUUCAGUGCUGCUACUGUCACCAGUUGUUUGCUCCGUUUUUGCUUUCCUUCGUUCACUUCAAGCUGAGGACAUGGCGAUGACAUCUAGACCUCGAAAGUAUGGCUUUAUAGCUUGGCUGUUGAGUACCUGUGUCGGUUUGCUGCUUUCUUUCUUAAGCAAAUCAUCAGUGUUGCUUGGUUUGGCUCUCACUGUCCCCUUAAUGGUUGCAUGUCUUUCUAUUGCAAUUCCUAUAUGGAUUCGCAAUGGAUAUCGUUUCUGGGUCCCUCAAGUGGAUAACACAACACAGUCAAGUAGCAAUCAGGCUGGUGCCCGUGAGGGUAUUUUGCUGAUGGUGUCCACAACAAUUCUAAUUGGAUCAAUUGUAGCAUUAGGUGCAAUUGUUUCGGCAAAGCCGUUGGAUGAACUGGGUUAUACAGGCUGGAAUGGCCAUAAAAAAUAUGAUGAUUCUCCUUACACUUCGUCUUUGUACCUUGGAUGGGCAAUGACCUCCAUCUUAGCCCUACUAGUCACUGGUGUACUGCCUAUAGUUUCUUGGUUUGCAACCUACAGGUUUUCACUCUCUUCAGCUGUCUGUAUUGGUAUCUUUGCAAUUGUACUUGUUUCCUUCUGUGGAGCUUCUUAUUUAGAGGUUGUCAACUCGCGUGUUGAUCGGAUGCCUACGAAAGGAGAUUUUCUUGCUGCAUUGCUACCGCUGGUGUGCAUUCCUGCUGUCCUGUCACUUUGCUCUGGGUUGUACAAAUGGAAAGAUGAUGACUGGCGCGUCUCUCGUGGUGUUUAUGUCUUUGUUGGCAUUGGAUUGCUUCUUUUGCUUGGUGCUAUCUCAGCUGUCAUAAUAAUUGUUAAACCUUGGACGGUAGGAUUUUCAUUUCUUUUGGUUCUGCUGCUAGUUGUACUUGCCAUUGGUGUUAUUCAACACUGGGCUUCAAACAACUUCUAUUUGACGCGGACACAAAUGUUCUUAGUUUGUCUGUUGGCAUUUAUUUUGGGUUUAGCAGCAUUUCUGGUCGGAGUAUUGGAAGAUAAGCCCUUUGUCGGUGCGUCUGUUGGCUACUUUUCUUUCCUUUUUCUUCUGGCUGGGCGUGCAUUGACUGUACUACUUUCACCUCCUGUUGUAGUCUACUCCCCACGAGUGCUCCCGGUUUAUGUCUAUGAUGCACAUGCAGAUUCUGCAAAAAAUGUUAGUACGGCAUUUGUUAUUCUCUAUGGGAUUGCUCUUGCAACUGAAGGUUGGGGUGUUGUUGCUAGCUUGAAUAUAUAUCCACCUUUUGCGGGUGCUGCUGUAUCUGCAAUUACUCUUGUCGUGUCAUUUGGAUUUGCUGUUUCUCGCCCAUGUUUAACUCUUAAGAUGAUGGAAGAUGCAAUGCACUUUCUUGGCAAGGAAACCUUGGUCCAGACUAUUGCUCGGUCAGCGACAAAAACAAGAAAUGCACUUUCUGGAACUUAUUCAGCACCACAGAGAUCUGCGAGUUCUGCUGCUCUUUUGGUUGGAGAUCCAACAAUUACACGUGACAGGGCUGGAAACUUUGUUCUUCCUAGAGCAGAUGUCAUGAAAUUAAGAGAUCGUUUAAGGAAUGAAGAAUUUGCUGCAGGGUUAUUUUUCUGUAGAACCAAACCUGGUUUUUCUUUUAGGCAUGAUCUUUCUUCGGACAUGGGAAAUAGGAGAAAAAUGUGUGCUCAUGCACGUAUCUUGGCUUUGGAGGAAGCUAUUGAUACCGAAUGGGUAUACAUGUGGGAUAAAUUUGGUGGAUACUUGCUUCUCUUGCUUGGGCUGACUGCAAAGGCCGAACAAGUGCAGGAUGAAGUUCGCUUGCGGCUUUUCCUUGACAGUAUUGGUUUGUCAGAUUUAAGUGCCAAGAAAAUAAAGAAGUGGAUGCCAGAAGACCGUAGACAGUUUGAGAUAAUUCAGGAAAGUUAUAUCAGGGAAAAGGAGAUGGAAGAAGAAAUCCUUAUGCAGCGGCGAGAAGAAGAAGGAAAAGGAAAAGAAAGAAGGAAAGCUCUCUUGGAAAAGGAAGAGCGCAAAUGGAAGGAGUUGGAAGCUUCUCUUAUAUCCUCCAUCCCCAAUGUUGGAAGCAGAGAAGCUGCUGCAGUGGCAGCAGCAGUGCGUGCUAUUGGUGGAGAGUCUGUGAUGGAGGACUCUUUUGCCAGGGAGCAGGUCUCUGGAAUUGCACGCCGUGUCCUUACUGCACAAAUGGCACGAAGAGCACAACAGACUGGAGUUCCAGGUGCUGUUUGCAUACUGGAUGAUGAACCAAGAACAGGGGGUCGUCAUUGUGGCCCACUUGAUCCAAAUAUCUGUCAGAGUCAAAAGGUCACUUUCUCCAUCGCCGUUAUGAUUCAACCUGAGUCUGGUCCUGUUUGUCUUCUUGGAACUGAACUACAAAAGAAGGUUUGCUGGGAGAUCCUGGUUGCUGGUUCGGAGCAAGGAAUAGAGGCUGGACAGGUUGGCCUUCGAAUGGUAACCAAAGGUGAUAGACAAACCACUGUAGCCAAGGAGUGGUGCAUCGGUGCAUCAAGUAUUGCAGAUGGAAGGUGGCACAUGGUGACUGUUACAAUUGAUGCCGAAGUAGGUGAGGCAACCACAUAUCUUGAUGGGGUAUUUGAUGGGUAUCAAAGUGGAUUACCACUCCAUGCCAGUAACGGAAUCUGGGAACAAGGAACAGAAGUGUGGAUUGGCAUAAGACCGCCAAUAGAUUUGGAUGCCUUCGGGAGAUCAGAUAGUGAAGGUUCUGAAUCUAAGAUGCACAUAAUGGAUGCAUUUUUGUGGGGAAAAUGCCUCACUGAAGAUGAGGUCGCAACUUUUUAUGGUUCUACAUGUUCUGCAGAGUACAAUAUGAUUGACUUUCCAGAUGAUGGUUGGAAUUGGCCGGAUUCACCCUCUAGGGUGGAUGACUGGGAUAGUGAGACUGCUGAUGUUGAUCUCUAUGAUCGUGACGAUGUUGAUUGGGAUGGUCAAUACUCAAGUGGUAGAAAAAGGAGAGUUGACCGACAAGGGGUGACGGUAGAUGUGGAAUACAUUGCAAGGAAAUUGCGGAAGCCUAGGUUGGAGAGUCAGGAAGAAAUUAAUCAACGCAUGCACUCAGUUGAGUUAGCUGUGAGAGAAGCACUCUUUGCUCGAGGAGAAACACAUUUCACUGACCAGGAAUUUCCGCCUUCUAAUCAGUCAUUGUUUGUAGAUCCUGAAAGUCCACCUUCAAAACUGCAAGUUGUUUCUGAGUGGAUGAGGCCAAAAGACCUAGUGAAGGAGAGCUGUAGGGAUUUCACUCCGUGUUUGUUUUCAGGACCACCUAACCCAUCUGAUGUUUGUCAGGGCCGGUUAGGUGAUUGUUGGUUUUUGAGUGCUGUUGCUGUGUUAACUGAAGUAUCCCGCAUAUCAGAAGUAAUAAUUACUCCUCAGUAUAAUGAGGAAGGUGUAUAUACUGUACGGUUUUGCAUCCAGGGGGAGUGGGUGCCUGUUGUUGUUGAUGAUUGGAUACCAUGUGAAUCACGCGGGAAACCAGCAUUUGCUACAAGCAGGAAAGGGAAUGAAUUUUGGGUUUCUAUUUUGGAGAAAGCUUAUGCUAAGUUGCAUGGGUCAUAUGAAGCACUUGAAGGAGGGCUUGUCCAAGAUGCUCUGGUUGACCUCACAGGAGGGGCUGGUGAAGAGAUUGACAUGAGGAGCACACAGGCGCAAAUUGACCUUGCAAGUGGAAGGUUAUGGUCUCAGCUGUUGCGUUUCAAGCAAGAGGGUUUUCUACUUGGUGCUGGGAGUCCAUCUGGUUCGGAUGUCCAUGUCUCAUCCAGUGGAAUUGUUCAGGGUCAUGCUUAUUCGAUUCUGCAGGUGAGAGAGGUUGAUGGACACAAGCUUGUUCAAAUUCGAAAUCCUUGGGCUAAUGAGGUGGAAUGGAAUGGUCCCUGGUCUGACUCAUCAUCGGAGUGGACAGAGCGGAUAAGGCACAAGCUCAAGCAUGUGCCUCAGUCGAAAGAUGGAAUAUUUUGGAUGUCUUGGCAAGACUUUCAACUGCAUUUUCGGUCAAUAUAUGUCUGUCGGGUCUACCCCCCUGAGAUGCGUUACUCUGUGCAUGGGCAAUGGCGUGGCUGCAGUGCUGGUGGUUGCCAGGACUAUGAUACAUGGAAUCAGAAUCCUCAAUUUCGAUUGAGAGCUGUUGGAGCAGAUGCGUCGUUGCCCAUCCAUGUAUUCAUAACCUUAACACAGGGUGUGAGCUUCUCGCGGAAGACAGCCGGCUUCAGGAACUAUCAGUCCAGCCAUGACUCCUCUAUGUUCUACAUCGGAAUGAGAAUUUUGAAAACGCGCGGUCGGCGUGCUGCUUAUAACAUAUACUUACACGAGUCAGUUGGUGGGACUGAUUAUGUUAAUUCCAGGGAAAUAGCUUGUGAAAUGGUUCUUGACCCUGACCCCAAGGGAUACACGAUUGUGCCAACGACGAUUCAUCCUGGAGAGGAAGCACCAUUCGUCCUAUCGGUCUUCACUAAGGCAGCAAUUGUCUUGGAACCGUUAUAGUAGAGAUCCAUGUAAAGUUUGGUUUAAUCUUCAAUCUAUCCAUUGGGUGGCUAUUCAAGAACCCUUGUGCCGAUUUUUUGGGCGUGCAAGGUACUUGUGGCCAUGCCUGCCUUCCGGUAGCAGCUUCCUUUUGUCCCCAAAUUUGCAGCACCACCAUAUGAAGGUCUAUUUUUGUUCUAUCCCUUUACAUUUGGCUUCCAAAAAUGCGGUGUUCCCGGCAGCUGGAUCGUACUUCUCAUCAAGCUAAUGAACAUGUUGUCUGGAUUCAUCUGUGUUCUGAAAUUCUACGCCCGUGCACGUCAAAGGCAGUAGUUUGGAACAUAUAUUCAAGGGUUCAAGCAUGCCUCCCAAGACACUUGAAGCACAUCCGUGCUAUGCGCCAUGCUCGGAAAUGUCCAGUGCGUGGAAGAAGCAGCAGAUUGAAGUGGAUGAUGGCCUAGGGCGUUCUCAGAAGCUACUUGAGGGUCGGCAGGUCAGGUUUGGUUUUGGAUUUGACAGCAGAUUGGAUUCGGCAGCUGUAGAUUCUCUGUCAAUAACUGCAGGGCAGCGGAACGACCGUUUUGGCUAAGGUGGUUGAUGAGAGUUUGGGGGUUGGUGUACAGGUUUAUGUAAAAAGAUGAUAAAAAUGGGGGAAAAGGGGGAUUCAUAAUCAUACCAUAUAUUAGAAUAAGGGCGUCUUUGUUGCUAAGCAUUCAGGUCGUCAGUAGCAGUUUUGAGAGCCCAAAGUAGAGGUCAGUGUCUGUAUAACAUUGUUAAUUUUUUCUUUGCAGCAAUGCAAUUUGGCCAAUUUCAGCCGA